CGGCCGCCCAUCAUUUCCGGUACCGCCCCGUGUGUUUCUGGCUGACUUCACGCAGCCGUUGAGCUGAUAGCGCAUCAAAAGACCGCACAAGUAUGCCGACACGAAGACACCCAGACCUUCUACAGCCUGCGGUCAGAUCCUGGAGAAAACCUCGGUGUGUUUUAAACCUUAACACCAUUUUUACUCAAACUUAAAUCCACACAAAUCCUCCGAGUCGGGACAAUAAGUGUUUGACGAGGUUGAACUUUCCCCAUUGUGCACACCGACGGGGCGGUCACAACCCUGAUAUCACUGCGGAUAGUCAGGUGGCUUCGUUUGGAUUAAACGGGGUGGUAACGCCACGUACCGCGGUGUAACAGACAACCAAACAAAAGCUCCUAUGAGCUGAGUGAGUGGCUGUCAGCUGAGUUUUCAAGUCAAACAAAAUGUGAGACCGGCGAUGAUCAACUUGGUGGAAAGUUGGGAGAGACGACGGAUCAGGGGACUGAAUUACAAAAAGUGAUGUUUUUGCUAGCGCGAUUCGGCAAGACGUGUUCAGUCCAACUCCAGCGUCAUUUAUCCACCUCGAACUAAUACUGUGGGCGAACCAUGGAGGAGCAGGAGAGGGACAUCUCGGACCUAGACCCGCAGGAGUGCCCCUCGGUGGUGGAGAACGGAGUCAUGCUGGUGGUGAGCCACAGCCGGGUCGCUCCCCCCUUCAGCGUCGUGCUGGCCACCGUACUGUACUGCGCAGAGUUCAUCUCCGCCGCCGUGCUCUGCAGCAUGUACCACAAGACCGACGAUGUCAUCUGGAUGGGCUUCACCAUCGCCUUCAUGCUGGUGCCCGCUGUGCUCAUACAGUUGGCGCUGACGUUCAUCCACAGAGACGUGGGUCGGGACCGGCCUCUGGUCCUCUUCCUGCACCUGCUGCUGCUCGGCCCUGUCAUCAGGUGUUUUGAAGCUCUGGUGGUCUAUUUCAAGGCGGGUAAAAAGGAGGAGCCUUACGUCACCAUUUCCAGGAAGAUCAGUUUGAAGAAGGGACAGCAGACGCCCAUGGAGUGGGAAAUAGGCCAGUCGGAGCGCAUCCUGGCCACUCACCGAAACGCUUUCAAACGCACCGCGGUCAUCCAGGCUUUUCUGGGCUCUACGCCUCAACUGACACUCCAGCUUUAUGCCACAAUCCAGGAGAAAUACCUACUGCUGCCUGCAAGAUGGACUCUGAUGAUCAUCACCCUGCUCUCCAUCAUUUACGGGGCUCUUGUGUGCAGCGUUCUGGCCAUCCAGAUCAGAUACGAUGACUACAAGGUGCGGUUGCGUCCUGCAGCCUACCUGUGCAUGAUCGUGUGGAGAGGCUUGGAGAUUGCCACCCGCAUCACCGCUCUGGUGCUCUUCAGCACGGCGCUCACUCACUGGGUGAUCCUUGUCGGCAUGGCCAACCUGCUGUUCUUCUUCUUCCUCCCCUGGGCUGAGUUCUGGGCCAGGAAAGGCUCGCUGACUGAGGACGUGGAGAAAAACUUCUCUAAACUGGGCACCGUCGUGGUGCUGAGCAUGUUCACAUUGCUCUACGCAUGCAUCAACGUCUUUUGCUGGUCGGCGGUGCAGCUGGACCUCACCCAUCGAGAGCUCAUCGAGAGGAAGCAGCGCUGGGGCCGCUUGGCCAUGUACUACUGCGGACGCUUCGUUGAGAACUUUGUCCUCAUCACGCUCUGGUACUUCUUCAAGUCGGACUUCUACGAGUACGUGUGCGCGCCUCUGCUGGCCGUCCAGCUGCUGAUCUGCUACAGCCUGGCGGUGCUCUUCAUGCUGCUCUUCUACCAGUUCUGCCACCCCUGCAGACGCCUUUUCAAGUACAACGUCCAUGACUGCCUGCACUGCGUCUGCUGUUAUAAAGGAACAGGUGGAGUGAGAGGCGGACGACGGACGCUGGCGCCCUCGUACUCCACCGCUGCCACCAUGGUGCUGGUGCCGGAUGAGCCGGUGGAGCUGCUGAACCCCAACAACUCAGAAGCAACAGACCUCAUCAGUCAGCCGGGAGAGCGCGAGACAGCUAUUGUUGAAGACAUGAUGGAAGCUGCCUGAGAUGGGCGUUGUGGGGAAUUAAAUGAACAAACUUAAUUUCUCCAAUGUAGGAGAACUGCAUUCCAGCUGGCGCUGCAGGGUGCACCUCAGAAUGAGACCUCGUCUUUUUAACACAAGAAAACUGAAUAAUUUUGUGUUUUUGAAUCUAUCUGAAUCUUCUGAAACUAACUACUGUUGGGGUUUUUUCCCCUCGUGAGUGCAGAAAACUUUCAUUCAUUCUGAGAAGGAUUUAGGUUAACUCCUGAGGUCUUGAUCAGGGAUGAUUACGUAGACUUCGGGCACCACGGGGCCCCAGUAUACCAAAGAAUGUAGCAUGUCGAGGUAGGCAGCGAUGCACAAAGGCCGUCUUGAAAGAGCAGCAGUGCGUACAGGACUGAGACAGGUGUGCAGGAAUUGUGCCAAGUGUGUCCGAAGUGCCCUAAAGACUGAACAGGAACCCACCCGCAGUUUACUUCCUCUCAGGGUUUUUCACACUGUGGACGGCCCGUUUGCACGUUUUUGCAUCUGCACUAACACAGACUAAAAAUAGAAGAAAAACAGGAGUGCAAGAAACGGUCAGAAGAAGAAUUUAUCUUCCUCAUACCCAACUGCGUAAGCCUGCUUUGAUGAAUGCCUUGUAUUGAUUACUGUCUGGUCUGGAUGCCUCGAUUGGAAAAACAGGUUGUUUUUUUUGGUUUGGCAAAAAGAAACAUGGAAAUAUGUGAGGAUCUUCCCCUGCAGGGAAUAUCAUUUGCGUCGUUCAAUAUUAACAUUACAGUCGAUGCAUUUAACGAUACGGACACUGAAUUGGUUUCUACUUCACUGAAGUGCUUUCACGGUUUGCGUGUUGUUUAAUGUUUGGUCUGUUCAGUGCCUUGAGUACUCGUGUUUUACUUGAAAGUUAAAUAAAGUAAGCAGUCUAAACA